GAGACGAAGAACUGACGACGGUCAAAAUAAUUAAUUGAAGUUAUGUAAAUUGUAAAUAUAAAUAUAAAUAUAACGAAAAAAUAGCACUGCAUAUUGUGUCUGCAUGUCUUCGAUUAUAAAAACUAUCAAAAUGGCAACUUUGGAAAGUUCCGUAUUACAAAGUAAAUUCAGAGGCAGUUUGUUGGGAUCCCUAAUAGGGGAUUGCACGGGAUCCCCUUAUGAAGGAGAUACAUUUACUAAUGGUGAUAAAAUCAUUCUUCAGCGGUAUUUUGACAAAUUAGAGGAACCAAAUUUCAAAGCACCUUUCAAACCAUACACAGAUGACACAGCUAUGAUGAAAUCAGUAGCAAAAUUCCUAAUCGAUAAACCAGAACCAGAUUAUAAAUUUCUCGCAAAGUUAUUUGUUAAUGAAUAUUUUAAGCAACCAAAACGAGGUUAUGGUGAAAAUGUAGUGGAUGUUUUCCAUAAAUUGAGAAACAGCAAAUUUGAAGAUGUGUUUAAGCCAGCUAGGGAACAAUUUCUAGGAAGUGGAUCUUAUGGAAACGGCGGAGCAAUGCGUAUUGCUCCUAUUGCCUUGUAUUGUCACAGCAACUACAAAACUAUGCUGGAGAUAGCUGCAAAUGCUACAAAAUUAACUCACACAAAUAUUCUUGGAGUAAAUGGCGCUUUACUGCAAUGUAUAGCAAUCCAUCAAGCACUAGAACAUCACCCUGAAGAAAAAAUUGACCCCAAAAGAUUUUGUUUGGAGCUUUACCUUAAAAUGAAGAAAAUUGAAAAGACUGAUGAAGAGGAUGUUGAAGACGCUGACCCAGCUUUAACAGCUUACCAAGAGAAACUAAAAGUGGUUGAACACUUAUUAGGGAAACGGAUUGACACUGAUUUGGAUGAAGAAGUAAUAUUCUGUUUAGGCAACGGAAUAAGCAGUUAUGAAUCUGUUCCCACAGCCAUCUAUUGUUUUUUAAGAGCUCAAAGUGAAAUCCCUCACAUAAAGACGGAUAAUGUGUUUAGACGUACCAUUCAAUAUGCUAUCAGUCUUGGUGGAGAUACAGAUACGAUAGCUUGCAUGGCUGGUGCUAUAGCAGGUGCUCAUUUAGGAGAAGAAGCCAUAAACGCUGAUUUAGCCAGGCAUUGUGAGUUUUCAAAGGAAAUCAUUGAAGUCGCUGAUAAUUUGUUUAUGACUAGAGCAGUGAGCCCAACAACCUCAUGAGAUAUUCAAUAUAUAUAACCCUAAGAAAAUAUUGGGAUGUUCCAUUUUUAAUAAAUGUUUAUAAAUAUUAUUUUGAGAACAA